CAACAACAGCAGCAAGCGCAGCAGCAGGCGCAGCAGCAACAGCAACAACAGCAGGUCGGCUCGCCGGGAAGCGGAAAUGUAGGGAAGGGCAGUCCAUCUCCCGGUAAUUCGUCUUCCCCCGGAACGGUCACUACUUCCAACAAGACCCAAACGGAACCGAAACCGGUGGAGUGCAAUCUGUGCCAUCGAAAAUUUAAAAACAUACCGGCCCUUAAUGGCCAUAUGCGACUCCACGGUGGUUACUUCAAAAAGGAUGCGGAGAACAAGAAGAGUGAGAAGAAAGAGGUCGUUGGGCCACCUCUGCAGACGGCGUCCGUCAGCGUGAGAGCGCUCAUCGAGGAGAAGAUCAUACAGAAGAGAACGACAGCAGUGGACGCGAAUGGCAAUCAGCAACCUCGUACUACCGCUUUCACCACGCAAGCCGAUGCCGUUUCGCAAACCGUCGUCAAGACGAAUUUUGCGAUUCCGGCUCCGCCGCCUUUGGCGGCGGGGGAAAAGGUGCGUCGGUUUUCUGAUGGUGAACACUUCCGGCAGCCCAAUGUCACCGUGGGCCACACAACUGUACAGAAACACUUGCAGGAAACAUCCAAAACUCAAGCUCAAGCACAAGCGCUUGCCGAUAUGAUCCUGAAGGGUACGAAGGUGGCUGUGAAGAGAACAAUCUCUGAUCCGGGACAAAGAUUACACUUGACUUAUCAACAGCCUGUACAAUCAGCGACGACCAACCAACAACCAAAUAAUCAGCAGCCACAAGCACAACCUGCGGUAACAGAAAGCUUUACGAUGACAGGAUACGCUGAGGACGGUGGUUACUUCAGCCCAAGUCUGCAGGACGAAGUAUUUCAACAAGUUACAACGGUUCCUGAUAGCGUACUCCUACAUGCUACCCACUUGGAUUCGAUUCAGUUUCAGACGGCCAAUCUGUUGCAAGAACAAUCUACCGAACAGCUGCAAGAUAUCACACUGGAGGACAGAUACUCCUCGCAGCACACAGUCAAUCCAGAUCUUCAAGCGUUGGUGAAUUCGCCGUUACCCGAUUCCCUGGCUGAAUUUAGUACUUACGCCGCGCAAUACACGGAAAGUCCUCAUACGUUACCAACUCAAUCACCCCUACCGUCGCCUUUAACGCGGCACGAUAGCCCGAGCUUUACGUAUCCAACGCCACCGGCCAGCCAGGAAGGCUUGCUCACCGGAAGCCUGCCGCUAUUAAGUCCUCAGGAAGAUCCGGAGAACGUGAGACACGUGUCAUCACCGCUCUCGGCGGCAUUUUACACUACCACGAUGUCAUCUGCUGCAGCCGUAGAGGAGGCGUUGAACGAAGUGUUACCGGGUGAAUCCGAGGCAGAUGCGGACCUUUAUGGGUCCGGUUCGCCAAAUCCGCACUCGCCACUGCCAAGCCCGUUGUCGGCGACAUCGGCGCCGUCGCCGCUGCCACCGUCCUCUGUCUCGUCGCCGGGACCGGUUGCCUUUACGGGCACGAACUUUCCCGUGUCGCCGCAUAAUGCGCUUCAAAAUCAGAUGAUGCCGAACUCGGAGGAUCCUUUGCUUUCCUCGACCUCGAAGGACUUUGCCGCCUCCGGUCGUAGACGAUUCGAGUUCCAAUCGUACAAAGUCAUCACGAGCCAAAACUUGAUGGACUUCGGUCUUGGAAACGGCAGUGUAGCUGGUAUCGUCGUUGACAACAACGGCGACGUCAAACUGAUACAGACAGCGGGUCUGCAGAAGGCGAAUGUGUACGUGCAGGCGGGUUCUCUCAGUCCUGCGCUGACAUUCAAGAAGGAGAUCCGCCUAGCAACACCAAAAAUCGAACCCGUGACCGUAAAUCUCGGCCUAAACGUUCAAACGACAAAUCAGCAGCAGUGCAACGCGAGUCAGUUUAAUCAACAGCAAAUUGUUAACCCGGCCAAAUUUUUUAUUCAAAAUAAUCACACGACGAAAAAUAAUAUCUUGAGACAUAAAACAGUCACCGGAAAUUUACCGAUACCCAUCGAUCAGAUUAAACAGGAGAUGUUAGAUGAGGACGUGUUUCUCAGUCCUGGUAGUUUACCCGCCAGCAGCCCUGUGCGACACUAUCGAAAGAGGCCACGCAUGGAUAGCGGCCAGUACACCAGCAGUUCACAUUCUUAUCCAUCGCGUUUGCGAAAAGCUUGCGACCGCCACUGGGAUAGCAGCUACACACCGCCACCAAUCCUAGACCCAUCUCGUCCCGGUCCGGGGCUGUACGCGAGAUUGCAUCAACACGAGAGAGACUCGGACUUUAGCUCAGACGAUUCUCAAGGAAAUGACGGUCCACCGCCAAGAAUUAAUAUCGGCACGAGAUAUCAAGCCAUGAUACCUCCGGUGGAGUAUGACGGAGACAGAGGAAACGACGGACCCGAAGCCGAUCAUCUUCUAUGGGAUCCCGGCAUAAACAAUGUGCUUACGAACACUGAAUUGGAGAUGUACCUGCAAUUCGCGUGUUGCGCAGCGGUGCCGGGUGGUGGUAGGAACAAGGAAUAUGCGCUUCAUCUGUUGCACAUGUGCAAAGGGAAUAUUCAUGAAGCGAUGGUGAAACUGAUGCGACCAACGCCUAUACUACCAAUGGAGCAUCCUCUGCUCAGUUACGAGUGCCACGAAUCCGAUAGAUGGACGUCACAUGAAAUGGACGCGUUCUAUCAGGGACUGCUCAAGUACAACAAGGAUUUCUCCGCGAUUUCGCGGGAUGUCGGUGCCAAGACUGCGAAACAAUGCGUGCAGUUCUACUACCUUUGGAAGAGGCUCUGUCCUGACGAGUACAAGAGUCUGCGUAUUUGCCAUGGAAAAGCGAAGAUCAAGAGCGAAAUUAAAGACAGCAAAGAUACCAAAGAGUUACGCGACGCCAUCGCGUCCGUAUCGGAAAUGGACUUUAAUGAAGACAAAUCGAUCCUUCAUCGUACACUGUUACAAUCAAGCGGAAGAGAAAAUUCGGCGACUCUAACCACUAGCGAAGGAGAGCUGAGGUUAUUCGCAUACGACUGUACAGAUAGCUUUAGCGGAAGUGUAACAGUAACGAUGGCCGGAAGCACCCAAACCGCCCAAAUCGGCAAUACCAGCCACGCCACAGUCAACACCAACUCACAAACUCACACUAGUUCUGAGCAACAACUACCCGUGCCUACCCCACUUCACUACCCCUGCAAGAUUUGCGGGAAAGUUUUCAACAAAGUAAAAAGCAGAAGCGCGCACAUGAAAUCCCACAGGCCAAUACCCUUACCCGAUUCAACGGGUCAGGAAUCUAAGCGAUCCACACAACAACCGUCGAAAGCGCAACAGCUGCAGCAGCCAAUGCCAUCGCAGCAAAGCCAACAACAGCAGCAACAGCCUGACAAUGCUACGCCGCAAGCUCAAGAUCAUCAACAACAACUGCCCGCGAGUAUCAGCGACAACAGCGCCAAAAAUACAGCACAUUUAUGUCAUAAUCCUACGAGGCCCCCAUAGGACAGGAUUCAAGUAAUUAAACUUAAGCUACCUUAACGAAGGCUGUAACGGUACUGUAGGAAAGUAAUAUGAUCGCGCAUGGUACAUAAACCAGGCUCUAAACGAUCGCGAUCAUCGCACAAUCAUUACGUUGUGGAAAUAUCUUUUUACGAGACCUUUGCUUACAAUGAGGCAGGUUGUGUGAGUACUUCCAAGAUAGAUAGUUUCGAAAAAAAAACGCAAAUAUCUCCCGCUAUAUGCGAAACUGUACAAGUGAGCGUGACUGGUACUUUUGUCCAGUCAGAUGAACUAAAUGGUUUUAUGAGACUCAUAUGUAUCGUAAUCGGCCGUUCAGGAAAAAAGAAAAAGACAACAUCUAUCGUAAAUGGCAACUAAGUACGAGGAGUUGUAGAACUCGUAGGGUUUAAUGGCGCAGCGAUAGAAGGUAUUUAAUUAUGCAAUCAUAAUUCGAGCUCUGUUCAACAAGGAGACAGGGUACCGAUCGUAAACAUCUUCCUUAGCGUGGAAGACGAGAUGUCGGCAUCAGUGUAAGAAAAAAACGGUCAGUGUCAUUGAAAGAUGAAGCAAAUUUACAGACUUUGCGUUUUGUUGAAAAAAAAAA